AUGGGUCAGCAAGGAGCCACCUGCGGGUGGACGAACUCCCCGCAGCCACGACGAGCCGGUAACGGCGGUCACGCUGGAGUUCCGGUUAAACCUGGAAGCGCGGCGGAUGACGGAGGAGACUCGGCUAAAAGAGAUGGAGGAGGACCCGGAGGGGCAGGCCUCUUUUGCGACGGGCCGAGGAGAAGAAGUAGCAGCUGUAUGUCCAAGGUAUGUGGCCGAUCCGUGAGUACCACCCCAGGAGGAGGCCGACCACCCUCACCGGAACGCGAGCUGUCCUAUCCCCGGUCUCCACCACAGCCGCAACCGGGUACACCUCCACCACCGCACCCGGAUACGUCAUCACCGCCAACGAGGCGCAACGUGGAGGCCCGCGCGGCCACCCACGCCGAGGUUCAAGCGGCCGCCGAAGGCGAAGUCGCACCCGCGACCGGACUCGCUGCAGCAUCGACCCGAAGACCCGGUCGGACACCACGUCCGGACAGACAUCAUCAAGGCGGCGCACGUGAGCCACAGCGUGCGGACCCUGCUAAGCCCCAGGACCCGUGGCCGACCGGAAGAGUGAACCCCGCCGACGCCGAGUACGGGCCAGACGACACCGAGUACCCGACCGUCGACGCCAAGGACCGAGUCGACACCAGCGGCGAUGGGGAGCGCGACGGCCGCAGUGGAGCCGCUGGAGCGAGGGCCGUGGAUAUGGCCAGACCCACGGGAGGCGGACGACCACUGCUAAAACGCCAACACUCGGCGCCCGUGGUGUCCGGUUUCGGCACCGGAGGGCCAGCGAUGGCUCGGAGUCGCGGAGCAAGAUUGGCCCGCAGGAAUCCCGGAUGA